UCCCCGCCCCGGCUGAGGGGCGGCUGCUGCUGCCGUUGCCGCCGCCGCUGCUGCUGCCGCUGCUGGCGGCAGCUCCGCAAAAAUGUCCGAGCGCGGCAGCUUCUACCGGCAGGAGCUGAACAAGACGGUGUGGGAGGUGCCCCAGCGCUACCAGAACCUCACCCCCGUGGGCUCCGGCGCCUACGGCUCCGUGUGUUCAGCUUUUGAUACCAAAACGAGACAGAAGGUGGCAGUAAAAAAGCUUUCAAGACCUUUUCAGUCUCUAAUUCACGCAAGGAGGACAUAUCGAGAGCUUAGAUUACUUAAGCACAUGAAGCAUGAAAACGUUAUUGGAUUACUAGAUGUUUUCACUCCUGCAACAUCAAUAGAAAAUUUUAAUGAAGUAUAUCUUGUGACAAAUUUAAUGGGUGCUGACCUGAACAAUAUUGUGAAGUGCCAGAAGUUAACGGAUGAUCAUAUACAGUUUCUCAUAUAUCAGUUGCUUCGAGGUCUUAAGUAUAUUCACUCAGCUGGAAUCAUCCACCGGGAUCUGAAGCCCAGUAACCUAGCUGUAAAUGAAGACUGUGAAUUGAGGAUUUUAGACUUUGGUUUAGCUCGGCAAACUGAUGAUGAAAUGACUGGGUAUGUUGCAACAAGAUGGUACAGAGCUCCAGAAAUUAUGUUAAACUGGAUGCACUACAAUCAAACAGUUGACAUCUGGUCUGUUGGAUGCAUUAUGGCAGAGCUUUUGAAAGGGAAGGCCCUAUUUCCAGGAAAUGAUUAUAUUGAUCAGCUAAAAAGAAUAAUGGAAGUUGUAGGUACUCCCAGUUCUGAACUUCUGAAGAAGAUAUCAUCAGAACAUGCAAGAAAAUACAUCGAAUCUCUUCCACAUAUGCCUCAACAGGACUUGAAAGCAGUGUUUCGUGGUGCCAAUCCACUAGCUGUAGAUCUUCUUGAGAAGAUGCUUAUAUUAGACAGUGAUAAAAGAAUUACAGCCUCAGAAGCACUUGCACAUCCAUACUUCGUACAGUAUCACGAUCCAGAUGAUGAGCCUGAGGCCGAGCUAUAUGAUGAGUCAAUAGAGAAUAAAGAGCGAAACAUAGAUGAAUGGAAAGGAAAAAAUCUGUGAGACAAAGAUCUCAAAACUGUGCUGGCACAGAAGAUGCAGCUCUUCCUGGCAGUAUUUUUAUCUUGGGAAAUAAGCUUCCUUCACACUUCUACAUCGUUUAUAUAGCAUUAAAAAUCCUCUAAGAAAGCUUCUGUGUUCUGAAGAUGGAGAAAAUACCAAGUCUAAGGCUCUGAUGACUUCAGUUAUUUGACUUAGUGAGAGAAGCAGUAGCUUCUAGAUAUUUAAAGCAUUUCCUGUUACUUAAAUCACGGUAUUUCAGCUGCCUCAUUAAAGCAAACAUGUAUUGGCUUUCUGUAUUGAAUAAUUAAGAGAACAAGCAGUCUUAUGUAAGAGAGUGGGUUUUCUAUGUUUCUUUGUAUAGUGAUUCUUUUGCAGGCCAGGAAGAACACUUUCCUUGCUGAAUCUAAACUGAUUGAGAAUGAGAGCUCAAAAAAAAAUUUUUUAGAACUGUUUGGGAAAAAAUCCUCUUUUUUUCAGAAAAAAAAAAGGCAUGAUCUUUCUGUUAUUUUUACCUUGAAGAGUGUCAAAAGACAACUUUGAAAACAGCAGUAAUGUUGAUACGAAUGUUUUGAGGCAUGGUAAAUUAAAUAUACUUAAAACUAUUUUGGGCAGAAUGCUCUGUGUCUGCACUGUAAGCCCUUUUAGCCUUCAAAAUAAGGUGAUCACCCCUGGGUUACCUACAAGAAAAGUCUUUGGACCACACUAACUUACAAAAGAUGAACAAAAAAUUCUGGGGGACUGCACUAGCUGACACAAGCCAGAAGUAUAUUAGGAAUCAGGGCAACCAAGCAAUGUAGGUAACUGAUUAACAGUGUAGGAAGUUCUCUAUAGCCAGCUAAACCACAGUCAGUAUUGGAUUAAGCAUACUAACAUUAUUAAUAGUUUUCUAUUACAUGUACUUAGAAAAAUCAGAAGCUGCAAGUAUUGAUUUAUUUACUUUUAAUCAGUUGAAUAUUGUAGACUGAAUAUGAAGAUAAUCUCUAAUUUUUUGCCUUGUUUUCCUGAAAAAUGUGCAUUUUUUCUUAAGUUUUUUGCAAAUGUGUGUACUAAGCUAUCUUUAGUCUAUCUUUCGUAUUUCGGCAUUCAUGGUUCCGUAUAGCUUAGCAAAGCCUUAUCCUAACAAAUAGAAUAUUUAUUAGUCUUUCCUAACAGAAACUACUGUCCUGGAAAAACUGAGUCAGGAAUUAUAACAGUACCAUUAGUUUAAUUACUGUUUUUAUGGGCAAGUUUUAAUAAUAUAAUACUUAUAAACCUGGAAAGGGGAUUAAAAUCAUAGAUUUUCUUAAGUUUAAUUUUGCUUCUUGUUUUCUUCAAAUAAGCAAAUUAACAGCAAAAAUUACUUUGCCUUGAGUAUCAAUGAAUUUUUGACAUCAUAUCGAGUAACUGUUACUGUGGCUCCUUGCUCUCUCUCUGUAAGAGAAUCUAACCUGUCACCAAAAUGAUUUCAUAACCUGUUUUUUUUUUUCUCCCUUCACCAGAUAAUGUUAGAAAUAGAACUUCACUAGCAUCAGUAAUAUACCUGUGAGGCCAGUGCAUAUGAAAGGGUUUAUGGCUUUAUAACAAUUUACUUUUCAGUGUCCAAAUUCCGUCCACGUGCAACUGAGAUUGUUACAACAUUGAUCAAAAUUGUUUUUUAUUAUAUUCUAGAACAGCUGGCUGAAUGAAACAACUGUUUUUUAUAUAAAAGUUGCAAUAUUUUUUGUAAAUAAAAAUUUUAUAAGAAUACUGCUGUAGUAUUAUUGCCAACAGUAACCUCAUUAUCUUUACAGGAACAGGUUGUUGGGUUGUUUAAAAACAGCAGAAUUAACUAGAUGCAGAUUUCUAGGUUAUGUUAGUUUUCAGAGAAAACAUGGCUAGAAGAGGAACAAGAAAGAAACAAGCAGUAGCUCAGAUUUUUUCAGUUCUCUGAGAAUGCUCUGUUUGGAUUUCCACAAACCUUUUAAAAUCAAUUAUACUUGACACAGUUGAAAAGAAUAUAGUCAUAGUAUUGUCUCAUAAAAAUAAGAGGGGUCAAACAAAUAAAAUCAAGACUUCAAGAGUAAGAAUGCCUCAGUUGCAGAGAAACUGUCCUCUCAGUACCCGUCAGGCUUGUUUCUGUCCCCAGAGUGACAGCAUUUCAUGGCAGAGGCAAAAAUAAAUACAGUUUUGCACACUUCUCACAUGCAGAAAUUUGUCAUUUUAUUAAGUCAGCUAACAAAUAACUUAUUUUCAAGUGCAGUAUAUGCCACACGAAAUCCUAUGCCACAUCAAAAGUCACUGUGUGUGUAAAUGUAUUAAUGAAAUACUGAGACAUUUUCUCAAUGGCAUUUUUCCCCUCUCCUUAUGUUCAAUUUAAAAAUCAGGGGUGAUUGAUGCUGAGAGGAACUGAGCACCCAAACUGAAAUGCAAUUUUGGACAUCUUGUCUUAAGUGAUUCCUUGGCCUCCAUGAGAUACUGCGGAAGUUUGCAGCCCACACUAACCUAGAUUUUUUUUCUGGCAUGUUUUUUAAGAUUUUUUUCAAGACUGAUCAGUGACUCAUCUAAUCAGUCCUUCAACCUCAGGGGUUCUGCACCUGGCAUUUCUUCCAGAGAAACUGUCCACUUGUUAGGUUCAGCUGCACCUUGGUCACCUUAUACAAUGCUGCAGUAACACAAUCAAAGCAAGAUUUAGCCUCAAGAUUUUUAUGCAAUUUCCAGAGGAGUGCCAGGUCCACUUGUAUAUUUAUUAGCUGUCUCUGGUCACAGAACUUUUAAAUAAACUAGCUAAUAGGCGUUAAGUUUGAUAUGAUUUAACAAUCAGUCAGUAUUUGAAAAACAGAUCCUGAGGUAAUGUGUUUCUAGCCACUUAUUUAUGGGUGAGCUGGAUUAGGUGCUUAAAAACCUGUUAUCUAAUUGAGAAAAUACAUAGGAAGUAGCCUAUGACAUAUUUUUCCAUUACUUCACAAGGCACAAAAUAUGACAUGUCAACACGGAAAGAUAAAGAGCUAUUCCUAAAGCAGUGUAAAAACAUGCUUCUGUUUAAGUCUGUCCUGGUAAAAAUAGAACUGAGUGUCACCUGGUUCUAAGGCAAAAGAAUAUUUUGUCUGAAGACCUUAAGUUAGUUAUAAUAAAAUCAAAAAAAAAACCAACCCUAAAACUCAAGGCGUUAGUACAGAGUUCCAAGUGAUUUAUGUUGAAGGUAAUUGAUUGAGAUGAUAAAGAACAUUCUCCAUAGCUAAAAGUGUACAUUUUAAAACCUGUCUGGGAGCUUUUAAAGGUUCCAUUUUACAUUACAUUUUGUCUUUUAUUACAUCAUUUUGGCAGGUCAUCUGACAGCGUAAUCUAUGUUUCCAUUUCAGGACCUAUGUGUUUGAGUAAUUAGCUGUAGAGGAUAGACAUGUGGUAGAGUAAUUAUAUUUGUGAGCCCAAUUCAUAAUCUGAAGCUAACAGAUUCCAAGUGAAUUUAAUCUAUUUUUGGAUUUAGACUCUAUAUAGUAAGGCUGGAAAUACAAACUACAAGUCACAUAUAUCUGUUUAAUUGUUCGGUAUAGAAUAAUUUCCUUUUAAGGAGAAUAUUGCAUAAUUCUUCUCUCUUCCUUACCCCCUC